GUAUAUAUCAUUUUUAAAAGAUAUUUAAAUUUACUUUGAACAAUACACAGUGAUAAAGAUAACCACAUCUGGAGUUAAAAAAUUGAGAAAUAUGUUAUUUGUCUGGCUGUUUUACUACUUGAUAACAAUUAUGAACUAUUACAGUUUGUCAUAUACGGUGGGCUGGGCUCUUCAAAGGGCUUCUGCAAAUGGGCAUAAUAAUUGUCAGACAUUCUGUUGAACUAGUGUGGUUAGGAUCUACUAACAUUGCCUAUGACACAUGCAAGGGAAGAUAAAAGCAGAGAUGGACAUCUGUGAGGAUUCCUUGUGCACAGCUCCACUCUCCAAUGGGACAGGUAUUUUUGACAAUUACUCUUAUGACUAUCCAAAUGAGUCAUGGAUAUUCCUUGAAGAGGAUGAAUCUGAGAAGUUUGGAGGGUUUUUUUCUGGAGUUUUAUACUGUCUGGUAUUCAGCCUGAGCCUGAUUGGAAACAGCCUGUUGCUGUGGGCUUUGCUGAAGCACGAGGACAAGACCAAGGCCUGGAACAUCUUCCUCCUCAACCUCACUGUAUCUGACCUGCUCUUCACCAUGCCCCUUCCCUUCUGGGCCGUAUAUCAAUUCCACCAGUGGGUUUUCGGAGAUCUGGCCUGUAAGCUUCUCAGUGGUGUCUUCUUCAUUGGCCUCUACAGCUACAUGUUCUUCUUGGUGGUGAUCACCAUUGACCGCUAUGGUGCUGUUGUGACCUCUACAUAUUCCUGGCAGACCCGGAGGCCACUUCAUGCUCACUUUGUGAGCGGGGGGGUCUGGCUUGUGUGCACUGCUGCCAGCAUCCCGGAUGUGAUCUUUUCCGAGACGAUGGAGACCCUGGGGGGCACAGUUUGUGCAGGCACACCCCGACCACUCCAUGUAGAGUUGUUGAUGUAUUGUAUUCAAAUUCUGCUGUUCUUCCUGGUACCCUUCUCAGUCAUCAUGUUCUGUUAUACGAAGAUGUGGACAAUUAUUGUGAGGUGCCGUUCAAGUCAGAAGCACAAGGCUGCAAAGCUCAUACUGGGCAUUGUCAUUGGGUUCUUUGUUUGUUGGGCUCCCUACAAUGUUCUCUUCUUCCUGUUCUCACUAAAGUCCCUGGGCUGGGAUGCACUGGUGUUGGAGAAGCUCCACUAUGCUUACUACAUCUGCCACUGCCUGGCAUACUGCCACUGCUGUCUCAACCCCAUCUUUCACAUCUUUGGCAGCAGGAAAUUUCGGACUUACUUCUUCCUCAUUUCUGGUUCCUCAAGUCACCAGCUGUGGAGACAAAAUAACAUAACUUCUCGCAGUAGCAACCAAAGAAUGUCUGUCUCAAAUCAGACAUUUGUGUGAUGUCCUGAGUUGAGUAAAGAGCUGGUCAUGCAGGCUAUGAGGCUAUCUACCCACUGAUAAAAUUUUCCAGAAAUAAGAUAUGUUCAUGUAGUGGACAGUUUAUGGACCUGCAAUUUUGUCAAACAAGUUUCCAGUUCAAAUUGCUUGCUGUUUUAACUUUAAUGAAGGUAUUUUGGUAAAAAUAUUCUUAAGUGUAUAAAUGGAUAACGUGCAAAAUAUGCACCAAGUAACAGCAAUUUAAUGUAAUUUAAAAAGAAGAACAAAGGCUUCAUAAAACAUCACUCCAGCUAUCAUGCAAAUGAUAACACAGCCCUCUGAAACAUUUAUUGCAGGUGCCCAACAGAUGUAAAAUAACUUUACAUAAAAACUUACAGAUACACAUGGUCCAGUUAGAUGAAAAGGGGGAAGACCAACAUGAAGAGAUUUGCAGUUUAACUAGAUAUAUAGAUCAUUUCUGACUGUGUUGAGCACACUCAGACGCAUACACACACUGUCUGAAACCACUUGUUCCAAGCCUAACCUGACAACACAG